AUACAUACAGAAGUUGAUACACGUUUAGCUCGCUCUGAAAGGAGGCGAGUUUAAGAUGGCGGACGGCGCAAUAGACUUUCAUACCCCCUGUACGAUUUAUUUGGAUCCUAUCGAGAAAUAUUGUAAAAACAUGUCGGAACAGAAGGAACGUGUGUCGAGCGAUAUCGAGAUGAACAAUCAAACGGAGAAAGAAGAAUCAAAUGAGAAUCACUCGAAAAGCGUGGAUGCUAUGGCAAUGGCUCAUUCUGAAACACCAAUGUUAGAAGACGAAGAAAUGCCGACAUACAUCAGUGUUUCAACAUCCUCUAAAUGCGAAGAUUCAGAUAUCAGUAACGUGAAACAUCACGAGGAAGAGUCUCCUACGAAAGAACAAUCUCGUAGUCCUUGUACUAGUGAACAAGAAGGCCCUGCUAGCGUUUACGUUCUCUCGUCCGAAGAAGAAACAGAUCCACGUUACGAUGACGAUGAUGGAGAUUAUGGUAAUAGCGAUGAUAUGGAUGAUAUUGAAAAUGAUCAAGACAAUGGAAUGUUAGAUGAUGAUGAUGACGAUGAUGUAGAAGAUGAUCUAGAAGAUGAUGAUAAUGACGAGGAAUAUGAAAGAAAUUACUUUGAAACUGCGUCGGACUGCUUAGGCGUUAAGAGUAAAUUGAAGAGAAGAUACAGAGACAAGAGUCUCUCUCUGCAAGAUUUAAGUAUCUUCCAAAACAACGUUUGCAAUCCAGAUUUAGGAAAAAGAUAUAGAUACAGACAUAUAGAAAGCAAAGUGAAACGUUAUAUUAACGACAUAAAAGAGCAAAACAAAUUUUCUUCGUCUCAAAGACGUCAACGAGAUCAAGAAUUUACAGAAGAUCAUAUGAAAGAUAAAAAUUGUGCAGGUGGAACAGAUAUUGAUGUAGAACAAAGUAAAGAUAUAAAAACAAAUAAAGUUAUAAAGGAUUAUGCAGAAAGAGCAAUUAAAGAUUUGGAAAUUGAAGAGUCGUAUACAAAUAAAAAUCUAUAUAUGGCACCAAUAACAGAAAAUGGUGAAGUAGAAGAAGAAGAAGAAAUAGUAAUUAAUAAACCUAAACAAGAUGCGAAGGCUACUGGCAUAGAUGUGGGAGAAAAAGAAUUUUCAAGUACCGAAAAAAAAAAUGAAAAACGUAAUGGUUCAGUACAAAUGAAUAUCCUUAAUCAUACCUACAAUCAAUCUGCUGUUCAAAAGGAUUUAAAAUUCACAGAUGAACAACCUUUAGUUAAUGGACAUCAACAACAAUUAAAUCUUUUUAAUCUCCGCACGUUAAGUUACGAUGAGUAUAUGCAAGAUAACACGAACUUCACUCAAGAUGCACAGUUAAACAAAAAUAUGAAUAUUGAACAAAAUGAAAAUAAUGAUAUUCAAGCUUACAGUGACGUUGAUGUUAUAAAUACCAUUGAAGCUAACAAUAGUGACUCUGCGGCCUGUUCAUUAAAAAUAGAAAAUGUGAAAAGUAUUAAGGUAAUGAACGAAGAAUCUAAAGAAAAUGCAGAGUCGAAAUUUGAAAAAAUAAACGAGGAUACCAACAAAAAUAAUUUGGAAACUAUGCAAAUAACAUUAUUAAAAACUCAGCUCGAUCAAAAAACUAUUCAAUUUAAUAAUCUAAGAAAUGCGUAUCAAAACACGUUGGCAGAGAAUUUAAAAAUGAAACAAGAAUUGGAAGAAUUAAAAAUGUCUCUUACAAAAUACAAUAAAGAAAAUCGAACUUGUGAAACAAAAGUUGUAGCAAUACAAACGGACGUAAUUGCGGAAUCAGUAAUAGAAACUAAGGAAAUUAGUGAUACGAAAGAAAAUUCUAACAAACUAUCUGCCAGUAGUAUUACAUCUGUAACGAGCUCUAUAAAUCAAUGGACGGAUAGCGCAGGUAGCUCUGGUAUUUCGAUUAAACCACCAGAUCUGGGUACGGUAUUAAACUCAGAGGAUAGUUUAGUGAUGACAGACGAUACGCCAAGAAAAAUGAAUCGUCCUUUGUCACGAGCAUUUAUCACAUCUUCCAGAAUAUUACAAACACUUUCAAGUAUAACACAAGGAAAGUCAAAGUCUGAUAUAAAAUCUACUUCUCACAAUAGUAGUCGCUCUGUUAAAAGACCAAGUGGAAGUGAAGAAAGUGAAAUUGUCAAGGAAAAUGAUGGUUCAAUAAUAGCUGGUUCCAAUACCUUCACAAUAAAAUCACCGCUCAAUACGAAAAAGAGGAAAGCCACUGAAAUGCUUGGAAAUUCAAUAUUUUUACAACCGUUGAAAAUACCACAUACAGCAGAAAUAAAAAGAAAAUCAAGUACGACAAUUUCUGACUUUAAUAUAGAUGUCAAAACACCGGAUAAUUACAAUGAUGUAAAAUUAGAUACACAAAAGAAUAGAAUAAAUAAUUUAAGUCGUUCGGCUAGUCCCACGACCAUAGAAGACAAAAAUGAUAAAACGGAAGACAUUGAAAAUCAAGAAAGCAAUGUGAAAUGUUUUGUAUAUCGAGAAGAUGAAAAUACAGACGAUCGAAGUAUUUUGAUACAAGCAGAAAUACCUAGUAAUGAUCAAGAAGCAGUUAGUAUGAACUGUAUACGAGAAUGUGGUCCAUAUUUGCUUGGUAAUGUGGAAGUACGUAUGUCCGAAAUAAAUGGUACAAUCAACAUUUGGGGCAAAGAGAUAAGUGAAACAUCAAUAGUCGAGGGAGAAGAAGAUUUAGAAGUAUCAACAAAAUCACCUUGCGUCAACAAAAAAUGUGCUUGUUUGCAAAACACCGUUACACCACACAGAAAGUUCAAUGGUAGUCAAAUGGUAUGUUCAACGAACAAAAAAGUAAAAUUACCACCUAAGUGUAAUGAAGGACAUACCUCACAUCAGUACUUGAAUGUACCAGAUAGAUCAGAUGCAAAAGUAUAUGUAGAUAAUUUAUUAAGUCCAAGCGCUUCUGUUUCUUGUGAAAAGUGUAUUUUAUUGAACCAACAGAAAGAAUGUUCCAUACACAAACGAAAUAUUAAUCUACCAGAGAAAUCACAUUCCUGUUGUUUACAUCACAUAGAGCAUUUAGAAAGAGAUUAUAAAUAUGUAUGUGAUUGUGAAAGACUAAAACAUAGUAAUGAUAGUCCUAAUUGUGUUAAAGAAGGGUUUUACACAGAAAAGAAGUUCCCAUUUAGAAAUACGCCAGAUUGUAGGAAGGAUUUGUACGAAUAUAUAAAUCCAACAGUCGAUGCCAAAGAAGUGAUAUGUAAGCAUCGAACUACGUGUCGUCGAUCUUCUUUACAUAAUACAGAGGCGAAUUUUCAGAAUGAUAUGAAAUGCUGUAACACGAUUAGAGAAACAUCGCACUCAUGCAAAUCAACGUUAGGAUGUAUGGGAUGUAAUCACGAUAGCGGUGUUGAACAUUUUUGUAAUCAUAGUCCAAUGGGUAACAACGAUGACCUGUUAAUCCAAGAAAGAAGCUCCUGCGAAACACCUGAAAUUAGACAACGAAGAUCCAGCGGUAAGAAAGUAAGAGGAAUUUUAAUGGAUCUUUUAAAAAGUUGCGGAGAUUAUCGCAAUGGGAGUACGAGUUCAUCUAAAAAAUGUUCCAAUGGGAAAGAGGCAUCACAUUCAGUUAAUUACUCUCCACAAAUCAACGUUACGUCUUGUAACUCGCCAGAUGCUGGUUGUUCAAACUUGCAGCAAUCUAACGGAAGAUGUUGUCACGCGUAUACACGACGUAUCGAAUCUCAACUGGAAGAAUUUCGUAUGGAAAUGGAACGAGUACGUUCGCGUUCCGAUGCUAUACUAAAUUUGCUCAAUAUGCUUCAUUCUGUUGAAAUGAACUGAUACAGUUUAAACAACAUUAGAUAUACGUGCCCUUUCCUUUGUAAAUAAUAUUUUUCUUUCUUA